AUGAAUGAUUCGGGCAAGAUAAACUCUCAGUGGACGGAAAGGAAGGAUUUAUUCAAAUACGGCUCGAAGUUCAAGAAACGGUCAGAAAGUGUUAAAUCGGGCAGAGAUACCGUUACGCUAUCCCUUCAGACAUUUGUUUCUUUGAACGCAGAGAGAACGCGAGAAGAAGAGAAGGAAAGACGCAAUGGUCGGCUUCCAGCAACAACGUCGUCUUAG